CAAUAAGAUUUUCUUUACUUUAGGAUGCCCAUAAUUUCUAUAAUAGUUUUAUGUAUAAACAACAAAAAUAAAAAGAUUCUUUAUUACUUUGGUAAAUAAAAAGUGUGAUUGGACUAAUAAUGGUAAAAUACACAACUUCUCCUGUACCAUCUAAUUAUCCCAGAAGUACUUCUCCGUUGCCUGCACCAGCUAAUUACCAACCAUCUACACCAAGUGCAGCGGCAAAACGCUACAUAUACUUGAGAAGAUUGUUCAAAUUCAAUCAAAUGGACUUUGAUUUUGCUGCCUGGCAAAUGGUAUAUUUGUUUGUCUCACCGCAGAAGGUGUUUAGGAAUUCCAAUUAUAGAAAACAUACUAAAUCUCAAUUUGCCAGAGACGAUCCAGCAUUUCUAGUUUUACUGAGUGUGUGGCUUUUCUUAUCUUCAAUAUGUUUUGCGCUGGCUAUGGGACUUACAACAGUACAAACAGCAUUAUUUGUGCUGUAUGUUGUGUUUGUAGACUUUAUAGGAGCUGGGAUAUUUAUGUCAACAGUAUUAUGGGUUGUAAGCAACAAAUACCUACGAAUGGACUCUUCAGCCCCUGAUGUAGAAUGGGGUUAUGCAUUUGAUGUCCACAUUAAUGCAUUCUUUCCACCCUUAUCGUUAUUGCAUUGCUUUCAGAUAUUACUUUUCAAUGGCCUUCUAAGUCAUGGCGGUUUACUCUCAUGCUUUGUUUCAAACACAUUUUGGUUGGCUUCCUUCAUAUAUUAUUUGUACAUAACAUUCCUGGGAUACAGCAAUCUACCAAUGAUGAAGAAUACUCGAAUAUUUCUCCUGCCCCUACCUUUACUUGUGCUGCUUUAUUUAGCAUCACUAAUGGCAGAUUGGAAUCUAAGUCAUAUGCUAAUGAAUUUUUACCAUUACAGAGUACUUUAAGAAAACCACUGAUUGCACUAUAAAUAUGCAUAUAAUAUCUGCCUUAAAAACCAUUAUAAUUAAAAUAUAAAAGUCUAAGAAACUAAUUUCCUAUUAUUUAAAGGUGUUCUUGAAUUUGUCAUCAUUUGCUCUAAAUAAAUAUUAACAUAGGCACUUGAUUAUUUAUUCAUUAGAGUAAAAGGCAGGUAGGGAAUAAUAAUACAUGGAAUAC